AUGCCUAUCGCCGUGGUAGGCAUGGCCUGUCGAUUUCCCGGCGAUGGUGAGGAUGUCGAGUCUCUCUUUGAGAUGUUGCAGAAGGGCGACAGCGCCUGGUCUGAAUUCCCAGCCGACCGCGUCAACAUCGAUGGCUUCUACCACCCGAGCGGAAGUAGACAGGGCUCCAUCGGCUUCAAAGGCGCGCAUUUCCUCAAGGGCAACAUCAAGGCAUUCGACGCGUCCUUUUUCAACAUCUCACAGACAGAGGCACAGGCCAUCGACCCGCAGCAGCGCCUUUUGCUGGAGGUCACAUACCAGGCUCUCGAGAAUGCUGGAUACUCAAAAGAGUCUCUUGAUCUAUCAGAGACGUCAGUCAACGUCGGCACAUUCGUCAAAGACUACGAGCAAGUUGUUCUUCGUGACUCAGACUGGGCACCCCAGUACGCAGCCACAGGCACAGGUAAUGCCAUCCUUGCCAACCGCAUCUCGUAUCAAUUCAAUCUCCGCGGGCCCAGCCAGACUGUCGACACGGGCUGCAGCGCCAGCCUCGUGGGGGUACACAAUGGCUGCCAGGACCUACGGACGGGACGGGCCGAUCUUGCCAUUGCCGCGGGCGUCGGCAUGAUUCUCACCCCUGCAACCAUGAUGCCCAUGACAGCACUGAACUUCCUUGGCAAGGAUGGCAAAUGCUAUACCUUUACAAACAAGGCAGAAGGCUACGGGCGCGGUGAGGGGGUGGGUGUGGUGGUUCUGAAGCGGCUCGACGAUGCGCUGAGGGACAAUGAUACCAUUCGCGCGGUGAUCCGAGGGUCCAGAGUCAACCAAGAUGGCAAAACGCCUGGUAUCACCAUGCCCAGCGCCGCUGCACAGCUGUCCAACAUCAAGGCCGUCUACAAGGAGGCGGGACUCGCGGUCGACCAGACUGCUUUUGUCGAGUGCCACGGUACAGGCACACCAGCAGGCGAUCCCAAGGAGACCUUUGCCGUUUCUAAGGCGUUCUGCAGCAAUCGCGACGCCGACGACCCCAUCUACGUCGGGUCCAUCAAGCCCAACGUUGGUCACCUGGAGGGCGCAGCUGGUGUUGCUGGGCUGAUCAAGGCGGUCAUGGCUGUGGAGAGGGGCAAAAUUCCUAAGAAUCUCUACUUCGACCCCUCCAUCAGCAACCCCGAAAUACAUUUUGAAGAGUGGAAAGUGAAGGUUCCCACCAAGCUCACAUCCUGGCCCAAGGAUGGUCUUCGACGAGCAAGUGUCAACUGCUUUGGCUUUGGCGGAACGAAUGCCCACAUUAUCCUCGACGAUGCUGGCACGUAUCUCUCCCAGCGAGCCUUGCCUGGCAACCACCGAUCUGUGCCCACGACUGAAGGCAGCAGCACUGUCAAUAGGAAACAAAAGACCUUUGCCAGCACGCAGCUGUGCCUCAUCUCGUCCCAUGAGAAGAAUGGCAUCGCCAAGAUCACUGAAGGCCAUGCGCCCUUCAUCGCCAGUCAUGCUGAAGAUGCCAGCAUCCUCGCCGACUACGCCUAUACUUUAUCCCGUCGUUCCACGCUCGAGUACAGGACCUUCGUUGUCGCCCAGUCGGCACAGCGACUAGCUGCGCGGCUCAGCGACCCAGAAGCCUACAAGAUCCAACGCUUCGCUGCCGAUAAUACCGGCAAACCCAAGUUUGCCAUGGUCUUCUGCGGCCAGGGCGCCCAGUGGCACGCCAUGGGCCGCGAGCUGAUGGAGUUCGAGCCUUUCUGCAACAGCCUUGUUGGCGCCUCAAAGUACCUGUCCAAGAUCGUCGGUAGCGACUUCGAUCUCCUGAGAGAGCUCCAGCAAGAUGAUCCUGCCCUCAGCCGCAUCCACGAGCCCAAGUUUGCCCAGCCUGCGACUACGGCAGUACAGGUUGCCCUUGUCGACCUGCUGAGGGCUUCCAAAAUCUGUCCUGAGGCUGUGGUCGGUCAUUCCUCUGGUGAGAUUGCAGCUGCUUACGCCGCUGGUUACCUCGCUAGGGAGGACGCGUGGCUCAUCGCCUUUCGACGCGGACAGUAUGCCAACUCCAUUGUGCACCGGCACACCGCGAUCAAAGGUCAAAUGAUAGCCGUGGGUCUCUCAGCUGCUGAGGCCAGGAAGUAUGUCAAGGCGGUCGCCCCUGGGUCUGUUGUGAUCGCCUGCGAAAACAGCCCUGCGUCUGUCACUCUGUCUGGCGAUGAAGAGCAGAUUCUUCACAUCGCUGACAUGCUGGCUGCCGAUCAUGUGUGGUACACAGUGCUGGCUGUCACGACCGCCUACCACUCUCAUCACAUGCGGCUUGUCGAAGAAGAAUACAAGCAGUCGCUCCAGGGCAUCACUCCGUUGACGAGCAACCAAGGCCCCAAGAUGUUCUCGUCCGUGACUGGAGAGAUUGUUGACGGCGCCCUGCUUGAUGCGAGUUACUGGUCUGCCAACUUGGUCUCGCCUGUGCUCUACAACCAGGCCUUCUCCGCCAUGUACAAGGCCGUGAAACCCAAGUUUGUCAUUGAGGUCAGCCCAUCUGUGACGCUGAACCGACCAAUCCGGGAGAUUGUCAGCGCGAUUGACUCCAGGAAGAGCAAGGAAUUUUGCUGCAUUCCUCUGCUCAAGUAUAAUCACCAAGCCUCAGUCACGAUGCUUGAGGCUCUGGGGGAGAUCUGGUCGCGGGGUGUUCCUUUAGAGCUCUCCUGGGUGUGGAAGAGCAAGGAGGGUUUCCUGCCGCAGGUUCUUGUCGAUCUGCCUCCCUAUCCUUUCAAUCACUCCAAGUCCUACUGGUUUGAGUCACACCUGGGCACCGCCCUUCGUUUCCGCAAGCAUGGCCGCGAGGACCUGAUCGGCGCGCCUCUUGUUGAAUCAACACCACAGGACCCUCGAUGGCGCGGCUUCUUCAGACUUGAAGAGAACCCCUGGUUGGCAGACCACCAAGUCCAGAAGACCAUCAUCUACCCGGCCUCUGGUCUUCUCACUAUGGCCCUGGAAGCUGCAAGACAGUGUAGCGAACCAUCACUCUCAGUGGACGCAUACCAGAUCUCCAAUUUUAACAUCAUCAAGCCGGUCAUCAUACCAGCAGGGCCGCACGGCUUGGAACACAUUCUCAACACCAAGGUGAUGAAGGUUCCCUCGCCUGACGCGACGCACUGCUCGACUGUCUACUCUUUCUCAAUAAUGACGAGGACAGAGUAUGGACACUGGCAGGAGAACGCAGAAGGUCUCUUUACCAUCUUCUACAGCGGUAAGGCUACUGGCGUGCCAGGUCAGGCGAUGUUUCACGGGGAGGACCACCACGGCACCUACCAGCAGCUCAGUUCUGAGUGCACCCGGACCAUCAACCCUCGACAGCUCUACGAGCGUCUGGAUGGGAUUGGCCUGAACUAUGGCCCCAUGUUCCAAAACAUUGUUGCCCUUUCCAAGAGUCAGCGGGCCUGCACCAGUAUUGUCCGCAUACCAGAUACAAAGUCCAAGAUGCCUGCACAGUUCGAGUAUGACCACCUGAUCCACCCCGCGACCCUCGACACCAUGUUUCAAACUGUCUUUGCGAUUGGAGACUCUACCAUGGUACCCUCCUAUAUCCGCCAGAUCACCUUUUCCCCAGGCAUGCUCCGCGGUGCCGGUGCGAAGUUUCAUGGUUAUGCGACUGCCCAGCUCAAGGGGUUUAGAGAGGCGCAGGCUGAUAUUGUCAUGUCUGAUGCGACAUUCAGCAAGCCCAUGGUUGUCGUCAAGGGGAUGGAGUUUGUCAAAAUCUCCUCCGACGCCUCGAGCUUUCUGCCGAGCAACCGAAAUCUGUGCAGCGAGAUGUUCUGGCAUGAUCUAGGGCCUGUGCCUUCAUACACGAAUGGCACGACUGCUGUCGACGAGGGGAAAACGGGCAUUCUUUUGCUUCCAGACGGCAACAUCUCGGCGGAACUAACCCUUGUGCUCCGUCAUCUUGCGCUGCCGAGUCUUGAGCCCGUUCGCCUGUCACAGCUGUCCGAGCAGCACAUGCACCAGCUUUGUAUUUCCCUCGUCGAGAUUGAUCAGUCCCUCCUGUUCGACAUGCAGCCCCAGACGUUUUCUCUGCUCAAAAAGGUUCUGACGGCCACAAGCGGCCUGCUCUGGGUCACGACGGGUGCUCAGAAUGCGGUCGACAACCCCGCCAAGGCGCCUUUCUACGGUCUGGCCAGGACCAUCCGCUCGGAGGACUCGUCGAAACGCAUUGUCACUCUGGAUCUCGGUACCAUUCAGAGCCAGGGCGAAGCUGCCCUGUCGGCGUCGGCGUCUGCAAUCACAUGGGUAUUCAAGUCUUCCUUUGUCAAGCCUAAUCUGGACAUUAUUCCUGAAGUUGAAUACUCUCUGCGUGAUCGCAGGCUUUUCGGUGCUCGCUUGCGUCCUCUGGAAGCACUGAACAACGUCAUCGAAAAAGGGGAUGAUGAAGCGAUCCAGAUCCAGAAGUUGACUUUGGAGAAGAUCGAAGGCCCUGUCGAAGUCAAAGUUGGCCAUGUCACUGACAUCAAGAGCACAUAUUUUGUGACUGACGCGUCGGUCCAACGACCUCUAGGCGCCAACGAAGUCCGCAUCACGGUCGAUAGCACCCACUUGUUCCCCAUUGAUCUUGAAACCAUCAUGGGCAAGAGCAGCGAGAGUGUUUUGGGCGCUGACGUCGUCGGCACGGUGACAGAGAUGGGGAACAACGUCACUGGUCUCCCUAUCGGCAGCCUUGUGAUUGCUCUGGCGCGAAGCACCAUCAAAACCUCCAUUAUUUUGAACCAAAGCUUCGUUCAUAAGCUUCAAGAUCGGUCAUCAAUCCGGGGUUUGAGCCCGACUGCUUUGGUCACUGCCUACUAUGGGCUCACCACGGUCGGAUGCAUCUCCUCGGGAGAUAUGGUCUUCGUCGAUCGUGCUUGCGGCCCAUACGGCGACGCAGUCCUUCGCCUCUCCAAGGCUCUUGGAGCAACCACCUUCGUUGGCGUCCUGAAUGCAGAGGAAAAAGACUUCAUCCACACCAAUUACGACAUUCCCAUGGACUGCAUCAUCGACACGACCAACGAUCGCUUCCCUGACGAGAUCAUGCGUCUGACAGGAGGAGCUGGCGUGGAACUGUUCUUCUCGCCAUCCCCUGCCCACCUCGAUCUGAGCUCGCAAUGCGUCGCCACGAAUGGCCACCUCUUUCUGAUCGUCAACGCCAAUGCGACCAUGUUAACCACAGCUGUCAUCCCUCAACACGCCAACAUCUCCUUCCACAAGUUUGACCUCUUUGCUCUGCUUGAGAAGCGCCAAAAGGUCUUUUCCAAGGCGUGGUCAGAGGUACUCGAGCUGCAACUCUCAGGCCAGCUCGGGAAGUGUCCCGACAGCCUCGUGCUCGAGGAACGCGUGGAGCACCUAGAUGAUCUCUGGGAGACCAUGUCUGCCAGGCCUGGCCGACAUCUGAACACUGUGACUUUUACAGACAGUUCUGUGGUUCGUCUGGGCACAAACCCUCUCAAGCCAGUGUCUUUGGAUCCCAAUGCGACCUACGUCUUAGCCGGCGGUCUGGGCGGGCUGGGCAAGGCAGCGGCCGAAAUGAUGGUCUGCCGUGGUGCUCGCUACUUGCUCUUCCUGUCACGAUCUGGUGCCAAAGCCCUCAAGGACGUCGAUUUCCUGGAGUCACUGUCACAACGUGGCGUUCUUGCCAAGGCCCUUGCUGUGGAUAUCUGCCACGAGGAGGCCCUCCGACAGGCCCUCGCCAGCGCCGACAUGCCACCCAUCAAGGGUGCUAUGCAAUGCGCUGCUGUCAUCGCCGACGCCGUGUGGGAGAAGAUGACGUACGAGGAGUGGUCUGCCACGACACGUCCCAAGAUCGUAGGCUCGUGGAAUCUGCACCAGGUCCUGCCGCAGGAUAUGGACUUUUUCAUCUUCCUGUCGUCGGCAUCAGGUGUCAUCGGCAACCGCGGCCAGGGAAAUUACGCAGCUGGCAAUUGCUAUCAGGACGCGCUGGCCUGGCACCGUGCCUCCAAGGGAAUGCACUCGGUCUCGAUUGACCUUGGACCAGUCGCAGGCGCGGGCAUGCUCGAGGACGACGACGCCACCUGCGCCAAGCUCAAGGCCAGCGGCUUCUUCAUGGUGCUUCUGGAAGACUACCUCUUCCUCGUCGAGCGUGCCAUGUGUGGCGGCCACGGCGGCCCUCUCUCACUGCCGCCGCAGGUCGUCACUGGUGUCGGCACAGGGGGGCUCAUUCUUCAGAACGAGGUCUCGGACCCGUACUGGGCCGAGACGAAGCUGUUCGAGCUCCUGAACCAGAUCGACCAGCCCCAGGCCCCAUCCGACGACAGUAGCCGCGGCAUCGGCCGCGCCCUGGCCCUGGCCCUCCGGCACGCGGACGGCCUGGAUGAUGCGUGCGAGGUGGUGCUGCGCGGCUGCAUCAACUACCUGUCGGCGUCUCUCAGUAUGUCUUCGGCCGACAUGGACGCCGACAAGAGCCUGACGGCGUACGGGGUGGACUCGCUCGUGACCUCCAGCUUCCGAAGCUGGAUCUUCAAGAACUUGGGCGUCAAGAUCACGGACAUGGAGGUCAUCGGGGCUGCGAGUAUCAUGGAGCUUGCCAGGAGCAUUGCGGAGAAGGGAGGCUGGGGUGUUUAA